CGCUGGGGCCCGUAAUGGCUAAUGUGAUCACGCGCUGAACGCUAUAAAUACGCGGGAACGGUCGCACCGACAAGCAGCAAAGGACGACCAGCAACAAGCACAGGAACACUUUGAAGACUUUCACUUUUAAAGAUGGCAGGAAAAAUGACCUUGUGGCUGCCGACCUUGGCCAUCGCCUUCUUCGUCUUCGUCUGGGGAAGCGUGCCGGCGGAGGCGGAAGAGAAGAGACUUGCGGAGUUGAACAUCGGCAGCGAUCGCGGCAACAAACUGGACCGAGAGGCGCUGGCAGCAAAACUGAAGGAAAUCAUGGGCAAGAGGGCGGACAAACGGAUAGCACAGAGCAUUGUUACAGGAGCCAAAGCCAGCCAGAUGAACGACGUGGAAAGACAACAGGCCAUCGACAGCAUCCUGGAGAAGUUGGGCAAGCGCAGUGCGGAGAUGUCGAUUGGCGAGGACUGGGGAAGGGAGGCGGAUAAUGAGGCCAGGAGAGCCCUCCUGGAGGAAAUCCUGGGUGGGAAGCGGAAGCGGCUGGCAGAACUCGCCAUCGGGUCGGACAUGGGGAAGGCACGUGACAGCCAGCUGUUGAGGGACAUGGUGGACGGCAUCGUAGGCUAACUCCGCCCCCCUCCCCCCUUCCCUCCGAUCCCUCAGAUUUCUAGCUAACAAAUGUCGUAAUGGCGACACGCACACACCUGUCCACCUGCUCAAAGCAAAGUUUGAAAAGUUUGCCUUUAUCUAAGUUAUAGAUUAUUCCGAGUCGAAAAUAAUAGCUUGACGUUAGUUACCUACAUCUAUUCCCUAUGCCGAGAGAAUAUUGUAUCAAUAGAGAAGAAAGCCGUUGGCACGGGGUUGCCGUUUCCUGGAAUCAUAACGUCUUCUUCUCAUGACAUAAAAAUGAACGAAAGAAAUAAAAUGAAAAAAAAUCUA